UACUAAAGAGCAUGAAGAUAAUAAAUGUUACUAAGUGUUGGGUUAGAGUUUACUCUUUCAAGUGGAAGAUUGUCUCAAUGUUGUUGUUUUAAGGUGGAAAGACCAAUUGAUGGUGAUGAUACAGCGCUCAAUGGGAUUCGUCUUUACUGUGUCGAUCAGCCAGGCUCACAUGACUACAACUCAGUUGAGUCCGACGUAGGAAGCUGGGGUGAGUGGACAGAUGUCAAAUGGUGUAAUUCUGGAUACUUGACAUCUUUCCAGCUGAGAGUUGAAGCUUCCCAUGGAGAUGGAGAUGAUACGGCCGCAAACAACAUCAUGUUCACCUGCACUGGAGGUUUUGUGCUGGAAGGCGACGGCACAAACUGGGGCAACUGGGGCGGCUGGAGCCCAACGUGUCAUGGAAGAGGAAUCUACGGCAUCAAGACCCAGAUAGAAAAGCCACAGGGAAGAGGAGACGACACCGCUCUCAAUAACGUGAUCAUGUUCUGCUGUGAUUAAGAUGAUGUGAUCACAAUCAAAAACUCAGAUCUUACUAAUAGUGACUGCAGAUUUAGAAGUAAAUCUGAUUUUUUCUUUCAGGUGUAGGAGGAUGACAACAAGAAGAGCAAGACG